AAAGAGGCGGGACAGAGUGAGAGAGAGUGAGAUUGCUAUGGAGACUGGUAAACUGUACCGAGCAGGAAGCGCAAAACCAUCAAUAUCGAAUCAGUAAACCUUUAAUGGUUUCGUUAUAAUAGCUAACAUGAGUAUUUUGGGUUGACAUUGCUGCAAAUGGUAUGAUUGGAUGGAGCUACGUCUCAAAGGUCUGAACUUCAGUGAAAGAUGCCCCAAGCCCCCAGAACAAAAAUGCAGACCAAACUGAGCUCCUGGACACCUCUAAAUCAUCAGCUCUCCAAUGCUAAUGUUUUUGAAGAGAGAAGAAAUCUGCUUGGAAAGUGGUUUGAGAAGUGGACAGACAGCCAGCGGAAACAGGUGCUACAAGAUUUUUUCUCCAGAUGUUCUGUGAACCAGCUGAAACAUCUCAGACAGACUCUGAGCAGCUGGGUACCAGAGGAAGCCCUUGACUUCACUAGAGUCCUUCCCAGGGUCAUAUCCCUCUAUAUAUUUUCAUUCUUAGACCCUCGAAGCCUCUGUAGAUGUGCUCAGGUGAGCUGGCAUUGGAAAAACCUGGUGGAGCUUGACCAACUGUGGAUGCCUAAAUGUCUGAAACUAGGCUGGUGCAUAAGCUUUGCUCCAACACCAUUUGAACAAGGUGUAUGGAAGAGGCAUUACAUAGAGACAGUGCAGGAGCUUCAUAUUAGCAGGCCCAAGAUGCCUGUGAAGGAAGACUUUAUUAUCCCUGAGGUGAAAGUAAUUGGCAGUGAGAUCGUGGGGUCACAUCCUGUGACCGGCCACAGGGAGUUUAAGUCUGACUUCUCGAGUCUGCAUGGGAAAAGUAAAGAUGGUAAUGGCUUGGUGAAAUCAGCCAAAGGUCUUCCUCCGUGGAGAGACUCAGACAGGCAUCCCACCGACAUAAUACGCUUUAACUACUUAGAUAACCUUGACCCAGUUGAGCAUGCAAGAAUAACGCUCAUAAAGGGAAAAAGUGCUUCUUCCAAUACAACAAGACAAGAAAAAACAACAAAAGCACCAUCUCACUCAACAUACAAGCUGCGCAAGGCUAAAUCUUUGAUGUUUUUAUCCUUGGAUCUCAGUGCAACAGGAAAGCAAAACCAUAGCAGGCCGCAAUGGGCAGCACACAAUUUACAAGCACAUCCAACUAAGAAGGACUCCAUAAAGAGACUUUCCCAGACCUCCCAGUGGAAUGCAGGGAUACGUCCUGGUCCUGUAAGGCCUCCAGUGCCCAGAAUGAGUAAGGAAGGGCUCUGUGCAUCACAGAGAUCCCAUAGAAGCACACCAACUGUGUCUCUUUUUGAAGGACAGCCAUGAAGGAGACCAAUAUAUGAAGAAUCAAAUGGAGCUUGAGACAUCUACUGGAUGAUGUUGUGAUAGCAACAUGAAUGGCAAAGUUAUUAAUACAAAGUUAAUUUAUUAUGUUUUUAAUUAUGUCAUAAGGAUAAUAAUGUCUUAAUUUUAUGCUGACAGACAAAGCACAAUGCAUUCAUAUUAUUGUUUUUUAUAUGAUUAUUAUUUUUGUCUUCCCUGAGUACCUUACAUUUGUUGUUGCCCACUAGAUGUCCCUGUCUGCUCAGAAUGAUUAAAGGGAUAGUUCACCCAAAAAUGAAAUUCUGUUAUCAUUUACUCAGCCUCAAGUUGAUCCAAACUUGUAUGGAUUUCUUUCUUCUGCUUAAGACAGAGUUGAUGGUAGCCAUUGACUUCCAUAGUAUUUUUUUCCAUGCUAAGUUAAUGGCUACUGUUAACUGUUUCUUCUAGCAGAAGAAAGAAAUUCAUACAGGUUUGGAACAACAUGAGGGUGAGUAAAUGAUGACAGAAUUUUCAUUUUUGACUGAACUACCCCUUUAAUCUUUAUUCACGUUAACUUAGUGAGCUAAUGGUUGAAAUGUCUUGUUUUAUUGUUUAUCAUAUUGCAUUCUCUAUAUUCUCAAAUAUGACCUGUAUUUAAACGGAUUAGUGAUUUUAACAUGGAAAAUAAAAAACAAAACAAAUAUAUUAAACAAUCAUAUUACAUUUAUGUCAUAUUGAUAUGAAACUGAUUAAACUGUACUCAUCUG